AUGUCUAAAAAACCUUCAAAACGCUCGAAGAAAGAAACAGAAAUUGAUCAGUCAGCUACUACCGAUGUUGAUGUUACUGAACAAAAUGAGGAUAUAGAAGAAACACAUGAAUCAUUACAGAGGGAGCCCAGAACCAUUAAUAUAAACUUGGAAUCAUAUCAGAAUAUAAUUGGAUUUUUCCCUAUCGCAGACAUUCAGACUCACUGUUCCUAUUGUGAUACAAUCAUAGGAUCAUCCACGACAAUACCAGUUACUGAUGAUGAAUUCUUACCAAUAAAUGAAUCAUUCUCCUUUGAAGUUGACAUCAACUCACCCAGAGAAAUUGACCAACUUAUAUCUUCUCCUGCCAUAUUAACAGUAUUUCAAGAAAAGGGUACUUUCAAUCCUGACAUUUAUCAGCAACUUCAAAUCAAUGAAGCAGUCAUUGCAACCAGUACCAAAUCAUUCGACAGCAUUGUUAGCUUGUAUGAAGCCUUCACCGACCAUAAGAUCGACUCGAAAUUGUUGGACCCAAAAUCGGAAUCCAGAACCGGCAGAAAAGCUAAGAAGGCCAAAUCCGAGAAGCCUCCCAAGAAGGUCGAGGAGAAACCCAGCCGGGCAUCUUCGAAAACGUCAGGCAAAGGAAGAAAAUCACAGAGCUUGAAGGAAACCCAAAGUGGCUCAGCUUUGGAACCCCUAGUUAAGACUGUUGAAGACCCACAAGUUUAUGGGAUAUGUGCUAUUGACUUCCUUCCCCUUUUUCAAGGUGAAAAAUCAUUCUCAGAAACGAUGUUGAUUAAACCAAUCAAAGUUUAUAAAGACGAGAAGAUGAAUUCCUAUAAAGCUCAUCCAAAAAUAAUCAUAACAGUAUCAAUAAAUGAAGAGUUGAAUCUGACAAAUGGAGUGAUGAUGAACUUUACUCUGGAGUCUAUCUAUAACAUUCCUCAGUUGAUGAAACCGGAUAUGGACUACAAGAUAUGUCACAUGGUUUCAUUGAAUGAAACGCUGAAAGUACCCAUUUUGUUCACAAAUCCGAAGCAUACAACAGAAAACUGUGAAGCGCUCAAUAGAUGUUGGCCUGGUAUGCAGAGAAUAGGUCUAGAUGCCAAUACCACAAAAUAUAGGGUGAGCACUGACAAUGAAAAUAUUUUUUGUAAGUUCGAAGACGAUAUAAUUCCUUAUCUGGGAGAAAACAGCCCAAAACUGGAAUUCAAUAUGAUAAAACGCCAUCUAUUUGAUCGAGGAGCACUGGUUGAAUUUGCCUCCAAUGUCAAAACGUACAGAAAAAUCGUACUAGAAUUCUUGAUGACUGGCAAAUCGGGAAAACAGAGUAGCUUGAACGUAGCACAAGAUGGAAGCUUCAAAGACAAAUCCACAGCGAAGAUGACUUCUGACAAGGGUAGCGAAAAAUGGUCUAUGAAAAAACUGAAACAUCAGCCCUAUUUGCAUCUCAUGGCAGUUGUAGAUAUAUCUUCUCUACUAUAUCCUGGAGUGACAAGAGUUCGAGUCGCAAGUCCGCUGACUACCUUCAGUCCAGAAGAAGCCCUCAAAUAUGGUGGCCUUGAAGACUCAUAUUUCCUUCCCUCGGAUAAGAAGGAGGCGAAAGAUAUUACUUCAAAGGAACUUUUGUCAAAGAAAGAUAAAUCUAAAGUGAAAGAAAAUAAGUCAAGCAAAAGUUCGAAGUCUUCCAAGAAGGGUGGCAAAAAGGAUACUAGUCCUGAUAAGGACAUGAAAAGGUUAUUACCUCCAAAACCAGAGUUAUUACCAGAGCCUGAACCCAGUGAACCAGUUUUCAAUGAAGAUGGAAAACCAUGUUUUGUUAUAGUGGAAAUAGAACUAUCAAAACCUAUCAUUCCAAAACGAGAAAUAAAAGAUGUAAAAGAAGAAAUUCACCAGCUGUUACAGAAAAAGAUACAUCCUUCACCAAAAAUUGUUUUGAGUAAUUGCCUAACCAAGGAAUACUACAAAGAAGUGUUGAAUGACAUCAUUGAAGAUAUGAAUGAUAAAUUCCAGAGAUUUUUAGAAGAAAAUCCAAAUUAUAGAGUUCGAAGUUACAAAACUCCGUCCGAUUUCGUGAAAUUCCUACAAACAAUUGGAUCGUAUCAGCCCUACCUAACCUCAAUCACCAAAGCUGCCACUCUACUCGUCACCAACCACUUCAAAUGCGAUAACGCUAUGGAAAAGAAGAACACACAAUUGCAUCAGAACUUCAUCGGCAAAGUGUUCAUUCACUUGAUAUCAGAAAUGAACAGUACGGUCAACAAAUUGGUAUCACACGGAAUGCAGCCUCUUCCGAAAGAGGUCGUAUCCAACGAGAUGUUUCUUUAUGCCAAAGAAGCAUUGGAAUUGACGAAAACUUCCGUAGCCGAAAGAUAUUUCCUGAGGGUUCUUUGUAGCGAUAAAAAUAAUGCCGACUACUGGUUCGAUUAUGCCGUAUAUUAUCUUGAGACCAAGGAGGAAGAUAAAGCCUACGAAUGUUUGCAAGAGGCUCUUUUGAAAAAUGCUAACCACAAUUACAGUAUUCUAUUAUUUGCAAUACUUUUGGAUCGAAAAGGUCAAAAGGAAGAAGCUGAGAGUUGUUUUUUGAAUCUGAUGGUUCAAGAACCAAAAUGGCUAGAAGCCUGGGGUAUUCUUUAUAUAUUCUAUCGGAAAUAUGAGAAAUAUGAAGGAAUGGACGUAGCAAUCGAAAUGGCAAAAAAAUUACUCGACGACAUUCGAAAACCAACGAGCUAUUUUGACGAAUUCGAAGAUCUAGCUUGGACUCCAAAAAUUUGCCCUAGAACAGUAUUUUUCAGAACCGCCAUAUUGCUGGUGAAAAUGCGAGUAUAUAAUUGGGCUGAAAUGGCGUUAUCUGAAGAAAUGAAGAAAAACUAUGGACUUGUCAAUUACUUACUAUCAGCUAUUUGUUACUAUCGAAAACUAUAUUCACAUGCUUUGGAGCACAUAGAAGAAACCAAAGAGCAUUAUGGAUCGGACUACGCUGUUGCUGCUCUUUCAGGCCAUUGCCUACUUGCAUUGAAUAAGAAAGAAGAAGCGAAGAAAGAAUACUACCAUGUUCUGGAAUCUUUCGGUAGGCCGGACAAUAUACACCUCGUAUACAUUAAUUGUGCUCGAAUUCUGGAACAUAUGGGGGAUGAUCAGGAAGCCAGAAAAUUGAUUUUGCUGGCCUGUAAAUUCAAACCUACCCCUUAUACUUGGUUGAAGGCCGGUCUACUGUACUUCCAAGAAAACGACUUGUUGAGUGCCGAAGAAUGCUUCAAUGAGGGUAAUUUGAUAGAUCAUCGCCAUCCUGAGUUAUGGGGUAAUUUAUGUUUGGUCAAUUUGAAAUUGAAUAGGCCGUUUGAAGCCGAAUUAUGUUAUCAACAACUAUUAAAUAACCAUCUAGAAGAUGAAGAUCUCUUGGAGACUAUAAGGGUAGAAUUUGAAAAACUGAAACAUCCAGUAACAAGCUCAUAA